CAAUACGACAACACUUGAUCAGAAUUGAUAACUUUGAUAAUUCACGUAAACCCUCUCUCUCCCUCUCCCUCUCCCUCUCUCUCUCUGAACUUAAUUAAUGGAGAUGUAUAAUUCUUAUUGAUUCUUUAGUGGUUGACUCUCGCUUGGGUUGAACGAGGGUCGUGGGUCAGGUAGAUUAGGUUCCCCUUAAUUCAUCUAUGCCAUCAACACAAUAGAACAAGACAAAGAAGACAGAAAAUGAAAUUUCAAGGAAACACAAAAGUGCAAGAGAUUAGUUCUGCAAACGAAACAAAUUGCGAAGCGAUCAAUCAUUUUCACAUAAUGAAAGGACACCACUCUACAAUCAACCACCUCCACAGCAACUUUUACAUGCUCAAGAGCUUCAUAAUUUCUCCCUCUGGAUGGUAGAUACUGUCGAUUAUCACAUUUGACAGUCGGUAGAAUUCUUGCAGAAGUCAAAGCAGAUGAUAACAUACAAGAUAGCAAGACAGCUCUUCUUUUUUGUUUUUUUCCCCUUCUCUCCAGAAAAAACCACAAAGUAAAAUAUUGCUUUCAAGGUCAAGAGGGCACGUAGAGGUCACAAAUCCCUCUUCAUCCACUCCACUCUCCUCUCCUCCUCCCAAACCUCUCUCUUGCUCACUUCUCUUAUCACUUGCUAGCUCUCGGUUUCUUGUGCUGUGAGGUAGAGGUAGAGAGCGGGCAUGGAAGGCGAAGUAAACAGCAGUAGUUGGUUUAGCGAGAGUGAAGAAGAUGAGCUUGUGAGAGAGCUCCUUGAUGAUGUAUCCCCUUUCUUUUUCUUGCCAGAGGAAAGAAACCAAUCCAAAGCAGCAAGUCCCACUCCAAGGAAUGAAGAAGCUAUGAACCAGCUCAUCUCCAAAGUCUAUUCAGGGCCAACAAUGCAAGAUAUUGAGAAUGCUUUGUCGGUGACAAGCCGAAAAGACCAACCCCAGCCAGUUUCACAAGCCAGAUUCUCAUUGUUGCAAAAGGGUUUGAGUAAGAUUGAGAACAACAAGUACACUGUAAAACUGAAGAGCUGUGACAAUGGUGUGGCUGGUGAUGGUUAUAAAUGGAGGAAAUACGGGCAGAAGUCUAUCAAGAAUAGCACACAUCCCAGAAGCUACUACAGGUGCACGAACCGACGGUGCGGUGCAAAAAAGCAGGUGGAGAGGUCCAGCGAGGAUCCAGACACGCUCGUCAUCACCUACGAAGGGCUCCAUUUACACUUUUCUCACCCAUAUUUCUUAUCGAACCAGCCACAACAUGUUGAUCCCCCUUCCAAGAAACCUAAGAGGACCAUUUCAGAGGACGAGUUUCAAGCCCAUGAAACCCGACAAACACCAGAACAAGGCCAAGAAUGCUCCACACAUGUGACCAGUCCUGGUUCCCUGCCUAGCUCAAGCACAGCUGAUGAUUACAUGCAAGAAUCGGAUCUGGAAGCGAUGGGUCCUCGAGGGUUGCUUGAAGAUGUGGUGCCUUUUAUGAUUCGAAACCCAUCGAACUACAAUGUGUCUUCUUAUUCUUCAUCUUCGUCCCAUCGUUCUCCCCCUACUUCACCAUCUUCCUCCUUGUCUUGGUCUCCCAAUCUUUCCCAUUCGUGUUUCGAUGUGGCUUAAACACUAGCAUUGGGUGAAUUAGCAGUGUAUAAGUGCGUAAAUUGACAAUAAGAGAUUACUGCCCAUGUUUUUUCCUCUUA